AUGUCCCCGUCCUCCGACAUCGACGCGUUCAGAGCGGCUCUAGCAUCCUCGAAACAAGUCGCCAUCCUUGCUGGUGCUGGGCUUUCUGCUGGAUCCGGGAUCCCAACCUACCGUGGAGGCCCAGACGCGAUCUGGAAGAACAUGGAUCAUGAUAAGCUCGCCACUGUCGAAGGUUUCGAAAAGGAUCCUGUUACUUGUUGGCAAUUUCACCAUAUGAUGAGACAGCUAUGCUUAGACGCAACUCCAAAUGCGGCACACAGAGCGCUCGCCUCUUUAGUCGUUCCAAGUGUACGAGCGAAAGUCCUGCCGGGCCUCAAAGAUCCCGAUUCCCCACCGCUCUUCAUCACUCAAAACAUGGACAGCCUCUCACCUCGAACCCUCGACGAGUUCAAGGACAAAAUCUCUUCGGGUGAGAUGGAGAAAGCGAAGGAACGACUCGUUGAGAUGCACGGCAACAUCUUCCGCCAAAAAUGUCUUCAGUGCAAGCACGUCUCCACCUCGACGGACAGUCAUCUCGCGCCUGGUCGCUAUCCCAAAGAUGCUAAUUCACCCGCCACUGCGCGUCUAGAGGGAACCAAUCCUUCGGCUACCGUGUCGAAAGACGACCUACCUCGAUGCGGUGGCCCUUCUUGGAAUGGCUCCAACCGCUACGGGCGUUGCGGAGGUCCUCUUCGACCUUCCGUUGUUUGGUUUGGCGAGAUUCCGGAAGGCCUGGGCGACAUUGCGCGGCACCUCAGCUGGACGGAUAUGUUGAUCGUUGUUGGGACUUCGUGUCUCGUUCAUCCUGCAGCUGGAUUCUUGAAGACUGUGAAGGAUCGGGGUGGAAAGGUGGCGAUUUUUAAUUAUGAUGCAUCACCGAAGGAUGAUUUGGCGGAUUUCUUGUUCUUGGGAAAGUGCGAGGAGGUGUUACCGAUAGCUCUUGGUAUUGAAGGAGAGGUGUAA